AUGGCUGAUACAGGCCCCGGCAUGGCUGAUACAGGUCCUGCCAUGGCUGAUACACACCCCGGCAUGGCUGAUACACACCCCGGCAUGGCUGAUACAGGUCCUGGCAUGGCUGAUACACACCCCGGCAUGGCUGAUACAGGCCCCGGCAUGGCUGAUACAGGUCCCGGCAUGGCUGAUACAGGCCCCGGCAUGGCUGAUACAGGCCCCGGCAUGGCUGAUACAGGCCCCGGCAUGGCUGAUACAGGCCCCGGCAUGGCUGAUACAGGCCCCGGCAUGGCUGAUACAGGCCCCGGCAUGGCUGAUACAGGCCCCGGCAUGGCUGAUACAGGCCCCGGCAUGGCUGAUACAGGUCCCGGCAUGGCUGAUACACACCCCGGCAUGGCUGAUACACACCCCGGCAUGGCUGAUACAGGUCCUGGCAUGGCUGAUACAGGCCCCGGCAUGGCUGAUACACACCCCGGCAUGGCUGAUACAGGUCCUGGCAUGGCUGAUACAGACCCCGGCAUGGCUGAUACAGGUCCUGGCAUGGCUGAUACAGGCCCCGGCAUGGCUGAUACAGGUUCCGGUAUGGCUGAUACAGGUCCCGGCAUGGCUGAUACAGGUCCCGGCAUGGCUGAUACAGGCCCCGGCAUGGCUGAUACAGGCCCCGGCAUGGCUGAUACAGGUCCCGGCAUGGCUGAUACAGGUCCCGGCAUGGCUGAUACAGGUCCCGGCAUGGCUGAUACAGGCCCCGGCAUGGCUGAUACAGGCCCCGGCACGGCUGAUAGGACAUUUAUGCCCCUCUUCCACUGCAUGUUACGGCCUCAGUCAAUUCAGAGUGACUGUGUUUACAGAAUCAAUCACAGGGAACUGAGGUUUGCCCGUACACUGAUUUUCACUGUAGAGGAGAUUAACAGAGACCCUAAAAUCCUUGCCGGAGUGACUCUUGGCUACAGGCUGUACAACGGCUGUGCCAGCGACAACCUGGUGCGAGCAGCUAUUGAGGCUAUCAAUGGCAAGGAGCACGAAGGGCACGCCUGCAAACGUAGGAUCCAAGUGCUGUUGGGCCAUUCCUCCUCUGGAGUCAGUAAGGACAUAAGCAAAAUUAUCGGCCCACUACAUAUACCACAGAUCAGCCACCUUUCAACCUGUGCUUGUUUGAGCGACAAAAAAUUGUACCCGACGUUCUUCAGAACCGUGCCGAGCGACCGCUUCCAAAUCAUGGCUCUGGUGCAGCUCAUGAAGCACUAUGACUGGCGCUGGGUGGGGGUGGUUUACUAUUCCUCUCUGUAUAGCAGGCAGGGGGCGGCUGAAUUCUCGAAGGAGGCCAAGCGAGAGGGCAUCUGUGUUGAAUACAGCAAAAGGUUCCGCAAGUCACAUUCAACCAAGUUUUAUACCCUCCUGGAGACAAUUAGGAAUUCCUCUUCCAAGGUGGUCUUAUUGUUCAUGUCCUCCACCCAAACCUCCACCUUCUUGGACAGAAUAGAGGGGAUGAACAUCACUGGCAAGCAGUGGGUUGGCAGCGAGUCGUGGGUCACGCAGGCACACCUGGCGUCUGCCGAGAGAAAGAGCAUCUUGAAGGGGACGAUAGGCUUUGCCAUCCCCGGGGCAUCCAUCCCGGGCCUCACCGAGUUCUUGCUCAACCUGAAACCGUCUGACGAACCACAGAGCUCCAUGGUUAAAGCCUUGUGGGAGGAUGUCUUUGACUGCACUUUCUCUCCGUCCAACACCUCUGCAGUGUGUGACGGCACAGAGGAUCUGACCACAGUCUCAAGUCAGUACACAGAUAGGCAAGUGUUCAGGACCGAGAACAGCGUGUACAAGGCGGUAUACGCCGUGGCACAUGCCUUCAAGUCACUACUGCAGUGUAAAAGUGGAUUCAAUCCCUCCACAGGGAAGCGCUGUAUGAACAAGGCCGAUGUCCAGCCCGAACACGUGCUGGAACAUCUGAGACUGGUGAACUUCACCAUGCAAAAUGGAGACAAGGUCUUGUUCGAUGAAAAUGGAGACAUCGGGGGCCAGUACGAAUUAGUGAACUGGCAAAUCAGAGAGGACGGCUCAGCUGACAUUGUCAACAUUGGCCGCUAUGACAGCUCCUCGCCGGAGGGGAAGAAGUUCAAACUGAGAGACGAUAUCAGAAUUAUAUGGGGGGGAGAUCACAGUCAGGUUCCUCGGUCUGUUUGCAGAGAGCCGUGCCCGCCGGGGACCCGUAAAGCCAUCAACAAGCAAAAGCCCGUGUGCUGCUUCGACUGCUUCGAGUGCCCAGAGGGAACCGUAAGCAACCAGACCAAUUCUCCAGACUGUCUGAUGUGUCCGCCUGAGUUUUGGCCAAAUGAGAGGAAGGACAAGUGUCAUCCAAAACCCAUUGAGUUUCUGUCCUACAGAGAAAUAAUGGGGGCGCUAUUAACUGUUUUUUGCUGUCUUGGUUUAUUUUUGUCACUCCUGACGUCGAUAAUUUUUCUGGUCCACAAAGAGACUCCCAUCGUGAAAGCCAACAACUCUGAACUGAGUUUCCUGCUGCUCUUCUCCCUGAAACUGUGCUUCCUUUGCUCUCUGACCUUCAUCGGCCGGCCCUCCGAGUGGUCCUGCAUGCUGAGACACACGGCGUUCGGCAUCACCUUCGUCCUCUGUAUCUCCUGUGUGCUGGGCAAAACCAUAGUGGUGUUGAUGGCCUUCAGGGCCACACUUCCAGGUAGCGAUGUCAUGAAAUGGUUCGGCCCCGCUCAGCAGAGACUCACCGUCAUGGCUUUCACUCUCGUCCAGGUCGUGAUUUGCAUCCUGUGGGUGACGAUCAGCCCUCCGUUCCCCAACAGGAACAUGAAGUACUAUAAAGACAAGAUCAUACUAGAAUGUGCCCUUGGCUCAUCUGUUGGUUUCUGGGUGGUGUUGGGCUACAUCGGACUCCUGGCUCUCAUGUGUUUCAUUCUGGCUUUCCUGGCGAGGAAGCUGCCAGACAGCUUCAACGAAGCAAAGUUCAUCACCUUCAGCAUGUUGAUAUUCUGCGCCGUGUGGAUCGCCUUUAUCCCGGCGUACGUCAGCUCUCCCGGGAAGUUCACCGUCGCUGUGGAGAUAUUUGCCAUCCUGGCCUCCAGUUUCGGUUUGCUGACGUGCACAUUUGUUCCAAAAUGCUACAUAAUCCUCUUUAAGCCAGAGCGAAAUUCGAAGAAGCACAUGAUGGGCAAGAUGCCACACAAACACCUCUAA